UCUUCUCUUCUCUUUUGCAUUAUUUUCAUUUCCCCCAUUUUCCUUUUCAAAAUUUUAAUUUUUCAACAUGCGCAAGUCGGGCGCCGGAAAGGUGGUCAAAAAGCCAAUUGGAAGUGUCCUGUCGUCUAGCACGACGGCCUUCAAGGGGUUUAAAUUAGAAGCGGCUGCACCGCUAAAGAAACCACAGGCCUUUGGCGCUGAGUGUGACGACACAAACGAUAAACAAUCCUCAAGCAAGUUAAUAGUUGGCGUGCAGAUGGCAAUAUUGGGCGAGCAGGGCGACAGAAUAGUGAGCAAAGAGGAAGAGGAUGCCAGCAGGCCGCUCGUGAUUUUGGCAAAGCGCAACGCAAACUGGAUGGAGAAAAAGGAUAAAGGCGAGUUUGGACUGGUGGUUUCCAAGCGGCAAGAAAAGAAAGAGAAGAGGGUGGAAAGAAGUGAUAUUUUGGAUAGGGAAUCAGAACAAUUUUCUUUGCGGCAGCAGGCAAUUAACGAUUUGAUGCAUGGCGGCGAUCUAGGUGAACGUUCCGGACAAGAGAAGCAUAUGAUUAUCACUGCAGAUAGUGAUGCCGAUUUGUCGGACGACGUUGACGACCAGACGUAUGAGCGGGUGCCUAUAGAGUCAUUUGGUGCGGCAAUGCUGCGCGGGAUGGGUUGGAAGGACGACAUCGGUGACAAAUCGGCAAUGAAAGAUGACGACAAGAGCUUUGUUGCAAGACCCAGCUUAUUGGGAUUGGGAGCGCAGCCGCGGCCAUCGGAUACGGUUUCGUCCGACAAGGCUAGGCCAAAACGCUUUUGAGCGCCUUUGAGCAAAAUUGCAGCAUAGAAAAACAAUGUAUUAAUUUCAAAAUACAACAAAAAAUAAGUAAAAAAUAAGUUA